AUGCAACCUCUAAUAUCACCGAUUGAUCACGAGUCACGUACCAACUCAUACCGCGCAGAAGAUGAACCCAGAACUUCGAGGCGUCGCCGCUCCUGCAGCGUUUUCCAAGAAGGCCAGUACAAGAAGAACAAAGAUACCAGAUCACCAUCAGAGAACGUUCUACCGCCAGUCGAGCAGCUGGUGCUUAUGGUGAGCCGUUUCCAAUGGGAUAAGAUCAACCAGAUCCAGACAUUUGCCCAGAAACCUUCAACAAAGGCAAGUCAGGUGAUAGUCGUCGAGACGGGCACGAGGCAGUGUUACGGCACAUCGGACUGCGCUAAGUUGCUGAAUGCGAUACAGGCGACGAACACUUCAAGUAUACCGUACAACUUCAUGAUAUAG